AUGCAUAUUGUAGCAGUUAUUUCCAUCUUAUCUUCUGGCUUACUCAACAAUCUACCAGCUCCAAAAGAAUGUUCAUUGAAAAUUAAUGAUGACAGAAAGGAUCGUAAAGAUAGUAACACGAGAAUUGUCUAUGCCAAUGAUGAGAAAUCGAAUAGCAAGUAUAAAUAUGUAAAGAAUCAAAUCACUACAACAAAGUAUACCUAUUUGAAUUUUUUAUUUAAGAAUUUGAUUGAACAAUUUCAGAGAUUUGCUAAUUGUUAUUUCUUAUUUAUGGCAAUUUUGCAGACAAUUCCGACUUUAUCACCGACUGGUCAAUUCACCAAUUCAGUUCCAUUGUGUUUUGGUAUGUUUGUAAUAUUUCUUUUUGUAACAAUGAUAAAGGAUGCAUUUGAAGAUUAUACAAGAAGAAGUUCUGACAAGGUAACAAACAAUCAACGAGCUCAUGUUUUGAGGGGAGAUGAAUUUGUGGAUGUUCUGUGGAAAGAUAUCAAGACUGGUGACAUUUUAAGAGUGGAAAAUAAUGAAGCAUUUCCUUGUGAUUUAAUUUUACUUUCAUCGAGCCACAAUCAAGGAUUAUGCUAUGUGGAAACAUCUGGUUUGGAUGGGGAGAGUAAUUUAAAAAUUAAAAAGUGUCGUAGUGAGACAAUUUCCCUUAAAUCUGCAGAAAUACUCAAUGAUAGUAGGAUGAUUGUGGAAUGUGAAAAACCAAAUAAUAGAUUGUACAAAUUCGAAGGAACAUUAAUGUUAAAUAGUGAAAAGAAACAAAUUGCUUUGGAUACAGAACAAAUUUGUUUACGAGGAUCAUCAUUGAAAAAUACUGAAUUCAUGAUUGGAAUUUCAAUUUUCACAGGAUCAGAUACCAAGUUAAUGAUGAACACCAAAGCAACUCCUCACAAGAUUAGCAAAAUUGAAAGAAUGAUUAACAAAUUAAUUUUACUAGUAUUUGCCUUUGAAAUCAUGCUGGCUCUUGGACUUGAUGGAGGAUAUAUUGCAUGGACCUAUUUUAACACAGACGCUUGGUAUAUUUUCAGUGACCAGAAAGUUAAUAUGGACUAUUUGGCAUGGAAUGGAUUUAAAGGAUUUUGGACUUUUCUGUUGUUAUUGACUGAUUUAAUUCCAAUAUCUUUAUAUGUUUCAAUUGAAACAGCAAAACUUUUCCAAACCAUGAUGAUAAGCAAAGAUUUGAAAAUGUAUAACGAGACAACGGACACUCCUACCAUAGUACGUUCUUCAGCAUUGCAUGAAGAUUUGGGACAGAUCAAUUACAUCUUCUCAGACAAAACUGGAACAUUAACGGAAAAUAAGAUGGACUUUAUGAAGUUUUCAGUUUCUGGAAUUAUGUACGGAACAGGUAUUACAGAAAUUUCUAGAAUAACAGCGAGGAAACAUGGACAAGAGGUUGUGGAUGAACGACCUGCUCAUGUAAGAAAUUCUGAUUUCCAUUUCUACGAUGAAAGAAUUAAUGAUGGAGCAUGGGUGAAACAGGAAAACUCUGCAGAUUUAUUGAACUUUUUCAUAGUGUUGGCCAUUUGUAAUACAGUUAUUCCAGAGGAAAAUGAUGAUAACGAUAUUGUUUAUCAAUCUUCAUCUCCAGAUGAAGCAGCACUUGUCAAGGCAGCAAAAUAUUUAGGUGUAGAACUAGUUAACAAAGCAAUGAACACAAUAACCAUAAGAGUUUUAAAGGAAAUUAGAGAAUACACAUUAGUAGAGGUUAUUGAGUUUUCGAGUGAUAGAAAAAGACAAUCAGUAAUUGUUAAAGAUCCAGAAGGAAGAUUAUUGAUAAUGACCAAGGGUGCUGACUCUGUUGUCUCUAGAUUACUUUGCAACGAGUCCAGAGAGCAAUACGGAAAGGUUACAAUUCAACAUUUAGAUCAUUUUGGUAAUGAAGGUUUGAGAACAAUGAUUUGUGCUCAAAGUUUCCUAGAUGAAGAAGCUUUCAAAAUUUGGCGAGAAGAAUAUGAAAUGGCAAAAAUUUCAAUUGAAAACCGUCAAGAAACUAUUGAACUAGUGGGUGCUAAAAUUGAAACAAAUCUUUCUUUUGUCGGAGCUACUGCAAUAGAAGAUAAAUUACAGCAAGGAGUUGGAGAAACAAUUUAUGAUUUGAGAAAGGCAGGAAUUAAUAUUUGGAUGUUAACCGGUGACAAGUUGGAAACUGCAAUUAAUAUUGGAUAUGCAUGCGACUUGCUAAACUAUGGAAUGAAUGUAUUGAUUGUGGAUGGAAGCUCACUGGAGGAACUUCGAUCUUUCUUUGAGAAGAAUUUGAGUCUCUAUGAAGAUGCUUCUCCAGAGUCCCUAGGGCUUGUUGUUGAAGGAGAAAAGCUAUUGACCAUUUUGGAUGAAGAUCAACAUGGUGACAAACGUACAAGUUUACGAAAUUUAUUCCUUAAUUUGAGUAUCAAAUGCAAAUCAGUUAUUUGUUGCAGAGUUUCUCCAAAGCAAAAAUCUGACAUUGUAUUGUUAAUCAAAAAUAAUGUAACUUGUGUAACGUUGGCAAUUGGAGAUGGUAGUAAUGACGUGAGCAUGAUUCAAAGUGCCAAUGUUGGAAUUGGAAUUUCAGGAAUGGAAGGUUUACAAGCUGUCAAUGCUUCAGAUUAUGCAAUUGGCCAAUUUAGAUUCCUCAAACGUUUAUUACUCGUUCAUGGAAGAUGGAACUAUAGAAGAGUUUCCAAGUUGGUGGUUUAUGUUUUCUACAAGAAUAUUCUCUUCUUCUUAACUCAAUUGUGGUUCAAUAUUUAUAAUGGCUAUUCAGGAGCUUCACUUCAUGAUAAUUGGACAAUAGCACUCUAUAACACAAUUUUCACUGGACUUCCAAUUGUUGCCCUCGCAUUUAUGGAUAGAGAUGUACCUGAUUAUAUUGCUGAAAAGUAUCCAGAACUUUAUUUCCAAGGACAAAAAAACAGAUAUUUCAAUGCCAAAAUAUUCAUUUCAUGGAUUGUGAAUGCAGUAUUCCAUUCUACAAUUUGUUUCUUCAUUCCAUACUAUUGUUUAGUGGAUAGCAAAUUCAUUGAUGGACAAGAUAUUGAUACACAAACUAUUGGAAUUGCAGUUUAUUCCUGUGUUCUGGCUGUAACAUUAUUCAAGUUGGCAAUUGAGACAGCCUCUUGGACCAUUGUACAUUGUCUCUUUUAUUUUGGAUUUUAUCUUUCAUUUCCUGCAUUUGUCUUCUCAUACGGAAGUGUUUAUUAUCUAAUCAAAUGGAGAAUUUUCCUCUCACCUCAAUUUUAUUUCAUUCUAAUGUUGGUUGCCUUUGCAUGUUGCCUUCGUGAUAUUUUCUGGAAAGGUUUUGUGAGAAUGUAUGAUAGAAAUUUCCUCUAUGAGUUACAAGAAAAAAGAAAACAAAUUAGAAAGGAGAUGCAUUGGCCAAAAGGAAUAUUUGUUGAUUCAAAAAAUCAACUUUAUCAUCAAGAUUCCAGUAAUUAA